AUGGCUCCCAAAAGAGUCGCCAUUGUUGGCGGAGGUUCUUCCGGCCUAGCUGCAUUCUGGGCCCUGAAAGACACUGGGCACGAAGUCCAUCUUUUCGAGGCCUCGAGCAGAUUGGGAGGUCAUAUGUGGAGGAUGUUGAUUGAUGUUGCGAGGUUCAAUCAUUUUGCUCUCGAUCUAUUGAGGAGUGGGCAAAUCACCAAAAGACAACGAUCUCGAAGGCGGAAGAACUCCAAGCAGCUUCAAAAUCAUGAACAGUCUCAGCAGAGCAUCGGCGCAUACCUGGCCAACGAAGGCUAUUCGAAUUCUUUCCGCGACCACUACAUAAUUCCACUUAUUUCCGUUUUGUGGAACGUCAACAACGCAAAGGAUGCAUUGGAACUUCCCAUAGUUCUUCUUCUACGCUUCAUGGCGGACUGCGAUCUCCUCCGGAGCUCUUUGUUUUGGUCAAAAUGGAUGUGUCUAACGGGUGGUAUUAAUGAAUUCGAGGCCGCAAUUGCAAAUAUCGCACCCGCUGGAAGAAUUCAUUGCAAUACGACCAUCAAUUCAAUUAAAAACAGUGACAGUCCUGGAUGGCUAGCAGUGCAAGGGGAUGAAGGCCAUAUAGAAUAUUUUAAUCACGUCAUCAUCGCGACGUCGGCGUAUGACGCUUUAAACUUGAUAUCAGCCGGGGCGACUGAUGUGGAGGUAAGGGCACUGGACGGGUUUAAAACAGCUAGGACUGUCGCUAUCCUGCAUUCUGAUACGACGCUGAUGCCGAAACGAAAACGCGUCUGGGCGACUUUUAACCACAUAACGAAAUCCUCGCAACCCAAUUAUCUGGACACUAGCCAAUUCUGCACCUCCUAUUCUAUGAAUAGCCUGCAAGGCCUCUCAGAAGAAACAUUCGGUCCCGUCCUUAUAACCCACAAUCCCGUAUCUCCUCCCCACCCACUCCGGGUGCAGGGAAUAUGGGAAUACCCACGCUUCAUGUUCAACAAUCGUGCACUGAAAUCACACGAAAUUCUCCAACAGAUCCAGAACACGCGCGGGAUUAGUUACUGCGGCCCAUGGACCAGAUACGGGCGGUACGAGGAUUCAGUUCAGAGUGCGUUUCAGGUAGCAGUGGAUCAUUUAGGAGCCGAAUUACCGUUCAGGGUCAUGGGCAGCAAUGCACUUGUUUCUUCAUCAGAUGCCGUGAAACGAUUGCAAGUUGAAAUCUUGACCAAAAGAGAGAGACUGGCUAGGUUGCUUGUAAGGAUUGUGUUGGUGAUCUACUGCUUUCUGGGGAUUGUGAGACGGGUUGUGCUCUACUUCCACAGGAACUGGGAGAGGAGGAUGGGGGAGAUGAAUGAUAAGAGAGGAAGGGAAUAA